AGGAAGCAUGCAAGAGAACCAUAAUGCAUCCUGGUUUCUCAGUCAGAUAAAACACAGCAACGACUCGACAACUCUUUGUUGUUAAUAGUUAAUACAAAGAGCCACAAUCCUGCUGGAUGUGAGCAAAAACAUUCAGUGUUCAUAGCUGCAUAGAAGCAGGCCCUGAGUAUUACAUUGUCAGGAUUUACCACACAGGACAGAAUCCAGGAAGCAAGAUGUGCAAAAACUCACACAACAGCAAGGUCAUUCUAAACGUAUAGCUAUGUAACAAGGCCAGAUGAAAGAAAAUGACUUUUCUGUGAUUUGCAAAACAAAAUCAAUUUUACUUUUGUACAGAAUUUAAAACAUACAAAACACCUUGGUUUUGCACAGAUCCCACAAGUCUUUGUGUGUGUGUUAGUGUUUGCAUGUGUGUGUUACUGAAUGCAACAUUAUAGCAAACAACAAUGAGAGGCUUUUUUUUUUUAAAGAAAGUGAAGUUAAUAACAGCUUUGCUCUCCAUGGAUCAAAUUAGUGGAAAUAAUAGCCUAUUUCAAAUGAACUUUCUCAUUAUGAUGUCGACGUUUUUUCUCAUGAGAUCAGGUUGAAGUUAUAUUUUUACAGGCAGCUGAAGAGAGUUUCUGCUACACUCCUGCUGGUUUUAGAAGCAGCAUCACAGAGAGCGGCUGCCGUUGUGUAUUUAAUGGAGAAGAUAAGGACUCUUGGUUGGUCCCCUAACUAGGAAUAUUUCUAGUGGGGAAACUUAACGAUCUAUUCUUUAGAUAGAAGAAAGUUUCACAUCUAAAUUUUAACCAUGUCUUUUCUCCGGACGGCUUUGAACAGCUCCGUCAUCAUUCAUCCUCCAGGCUUCUACAUAGUUGGAUUUGAGUCUUUACCAUCUGUAAAUGUCUUUUUCAUCUUUCUAGCAAUUGUUUAUGUGGUUACAGUGCUGUUUAACGGUUUGCUGAUUAUUGUUGUGGUUAUUAAUCCAUCCUUACACACUCCAAAAUUUCUGGCUGUCAUCAACCUGGCAGUGAUUGAUUUAUGUCUAAACACUUGCACUAUUCCUGGUAUGAUAAAGAUAUUUUUGGUUAAAGAUAAUUUUAUCCCAUUCAACUUGUGUUUGGUGCAAAUGUAUUUUUAUUACGUUUUUGCCACUUCAGAGUCUUAUGCGCUCACCAUACUUGCUUAUGACAGGUUGGUGGCUAUUUGUUUCCCUUUGCGCCAAAACUCCAUCAACACAAUGCGCAGCAUGUGCUGCAUCAUUACCUUUACUUGGUGUUGGGUUCUAGGAAGUAUAACCUUUUCCACGAGUUUAAUGACUAAACUGUCAUUCUGUAACUCUGUCAGAGUGUUUAGUUAUUUCUGUGACUAUGCACCCGUGUUCAGGCUUGCCUGUAAUGAUUAUUCAAUGCAGUGGUUUGCAGCUUCCUUUUUGAGCAUGCUGACCCUUGCAGGGCCUUUUGCUUUCAUAGUGCUGUCAUACGUCAGCAUCCUGGUGACUGUGUUCAGAAUGAAGACUUUAGAUCGGCGCCUAAAAGCACUGGCUACUUGUGUGGAACACAUCAUCAUUGUUGCAAUCUUUUUUAUUCCUCUUCUUGUCAUUUUCACAAUUGGCUUCUAUUUGGGAGGAAUUAACCCAGAUCAUAGAGUUCUAAGUCUGUCGAUGGCCUCUUGCCUUCCACCUUGCAUUAAUCCUAUUGUAUAUUCUUUGAAAACUACAGAGAUCAAAACCCGAGCACUGACGCUUAUUAAAAAAAAUACUAUUAUUCUGACUAAAUCUUUGAGAAUCAUCGUGGGGUUAAAAACAACAAAGUAAUCCAAAUAUCCUGGAUUGAAAUGUACUUGUUUUAUGUUCGAUCUAUUCAGUUAGUUAAAAAUGUCUUUUCCCAAGAUUUGUGACAAAUUUGAAACUUUAUUACCUUGCACCUCAGUGUUUGAGUCAGAGAAGGAAACAAUAUUCACAGGCUGGCUUUUUUGUGUGAUCUUUACUGUCAUUUACCAUCUUUA